AUGGGCGAUGAUCUAUUCAAAACGCCACCAGCGAGUUCAUCAGUUCGUGAGAAAAUUCAACAAUUUAAUAAGCUUGGAAAGAUAAACAAUGGUUUCAUAUCCUUUCCAAAUCGGCCACGUUCAUCAGUAAGUUCAACUAGUAAAUCAACAGUGACUGGAUGUAUGACAAAUUCCAAAGAAAUCGAUGAUCAACAUGUUCGGUCCAACCAUGCAUCGCCAAGCGCAGUAGAUUUUCCAUCUGAUGCACAUCAGAAGAGAUCACCAACUGCAUCAGAAUGUGACGUAGAUAUUUCAUCGGAAGAAUCCAUACCAAGUGUAGUCUAUACUGCAUCAGUUCAGAUGCACAAGGUGAAGCCAUUUUCGACAGAGAGCAUUAAUUUGGAAAUUGCUGAUAAUGUUGAAAAUCUUGAAAGUACCCAUUGUUCAGUCGUGUCUAACAAUGAACAUGAACAAAAUGAUCUACAACGUAAAUCAGAAGAUUUCAGUUCAAUCAAUUCGCUACCACCUCUACCUCCACCUUUACCUAUGAUUCCUACAGUGGUAUCUCUUCAUCAAGAAUCCAAACGAACACUUCCAGUUUCAAAUUUUCUGUUGGAAUUGGGCGCACUAUGUGUGAUUUUUAUUGUAUCGAUGAUCCUGGUCUUAGCAUUGCGUGAUAGUGAAGUGAAUCUUCGCAUGACAAUGGAGAUUGUUUUAACAGGUAUUUAUCUCGUUUCCAUCAUCUGGAUGAUUUGGUGUACAUUUGACAUUAUCAAAUUUCGUCGACAAUGGGUACAGAUGACAGCAAUGGUAUGCGAUCAAGAAGAAUACAUGGACAUUGUCGAACGUUCCUCGCGUCAUAUAUCGUAUUUUCCUGAUAUUCAUAAUACUGGUGGUUUAUUUAUGAGAAUCGGAGCAGGAUUACUGUGUAUGGGUGGUCUCUUGUUAACUGUGAUUGAAUUGGCCAGAACUAUUGAAACAAUACGUGUGGGGAAUGCACAUCAUAAAGAGAGUUUGAACACCUAUUCUCGAUCACCAUUUAUUGCUAAAGCAAUCACAUUUACAUUCCGUUUUCUCUUCCAUUCAGUUCAAUUUACAUUCUUAUUUCGAUAUGGAAAUAUAAUCAUCGAUCGAUAUCAUUUUAUUGCCAGAGUUGGUCUUAUUCAUAUAAUUAUGGCUAAUUUCUGUACUUGGUUCGAAGCUAUUGUUAUUGAAACAUUAGAACAAAUACAUAAACAUGUGGAUACAAAAUUAACCACUGCUUCAGUGCGCCUCGAAUUAAUUGAGAGAAUAACAUCAGAAUCAGUUAAUAUUACUGCUCUCAAUGGCAGUUCGCUGACUGAUUAUGCUGCUGAAUCUACUUUGAGUAAUGGUACAACGUCACUGUUGCAUUAUAUCGAACAAAUGGAAUCAACCAUGGGAACUUAUUUAUAUCCGUGUUUAAUUGAAUACAGUCUUAUUUGUGUAACUGUAUUCUACAUUAUGUGGCGAAAUGUUGGUAAAACAGAAAAUCAACCAUUCCUUCAUUUCGCUGAUCGACAUACAUUUACUGUAAAUUGCUCUCGCGUAUCUCACGGUUUACUUACUGGUGGUUUUAUUCUUCUAUUAACCAUCUUUACCUUAAUACCUGCAUAUUUACUUGAGUUAUCAACAGCAAUUCUUAUCUCACAUCUGACUGGACUUAUUCUAUUGAUAAUUUCAUUAUCAAUUGUUUGUGUAUCAUUCUUCUACACAACAAAGUUGUAUUAUGACCGACAAGCGCAUGUUGACACAUUCGAUCAAAUAUUAAUUUUGAUUACAACCGUCGGCGAUUUUGCUUACUCAUUCUUUUGUCUAUUCGCCGCGAUCUUUGUUGAAAACUCAACAAGUGAAAAUCUACAAGAGAUUGGAAUAGCCACUAGUUUAUUAUCCAUACUUCAAACUUUCCUUCAGUCCGCGUUCAUCCUGGACACCUUAAAGCGACGUACAAUAACAAGAAGCGAAAUUCGGCGAAAACCCGGCCGAGAAUUAAUAACCGCUCUCCUCCUAAUCAAUCUUGCCAUUUGGAUGCAUGAUUCGUUAUCCGCGAAAAAAGUGAAAACAAAUCCAUUACAAACUGAGUACUAUGACGAAACAACCUGGUCAAUUAUUCAAGCAUUUACGUCGCCAUUAGCGAUAUUUUAUCGAUUUCAUUCCAGUGUAUGUCUUGCUGAUAUAUGGCACGAAGUUUAUCACGAUCAACACCAUUCGCAAGAUAAAAUUCGAUCUAAUCGACACUAA